AUGUAUCGCCUAAAAUGUCAAGUAAUGGAAUACGACUGGGGCAGGGUUGGACAUGACUCCUUAGCCGCCCAGUUUGCUAAGCAUGGAAGUGGGUUUGAAGUUGACGAAGAGAAGCCAUAUGCAGAGUUAUGGAUGGGCUCUUAUCAUUCUUGUCCUUCAAUCGUGAUCCAGACUGGCGAAACUCUUGAUAAAAUAUUGACACCAGAAACCAUGGGACACAAAAUUUAUGAAAAAUAUGGUAACCAACUUCCUUUUUUGUUCAAGGUCCUUUCUAUAAAUAAGGUGCUUUCAUUGCAAGCUCACCCUGACAAAACACUUGCAAAAGAAUUGCAUGCCAAUGACCCAGAAAAUUACAAGGACGAUAAUCACAAGCCUGAAAUGGCGCUUGCUUUGACACAAUUCCAAGGUCUCUGUGGAUUCCGCCAAGGCGAGCAAAUUGUUUCGUUCUUAAAGAAUAUCCCUCCUUUGCGCGAAUUUGUUGGAGAAGAGGCUGCUGUGGAAUUUGAAAAUGAAUACAAGAAGAACGAGAAGGAUGCUCUUCGUAAAUUAUUCAAUGUUUUGAUGAAUAAUGAUAAUGAUAAACUCGAAAAGUAUGCCCCUAAACUUGUUCAAUUUGCCAAGGAUACUGAUCAGGACUUUGGAGGAAAGUCGUUCGGUGGUCAUGACUUGAGUGCAUUAAUCCUUCGUCUCAACAGCCAAUAUCCCAAUGAUAUUGGUCUUUUUAUUACGCUUAUUUUGAACCACGUGAAUUUACAACCUGGAGAAUCCAUCUUCCUUCGUGCAUUGGAUCCUCAUGCGUACAUUGCUGGUAACAUUAUAGAAUGUAUGGCUUCGAGUGACAACGUCAUUCGUUCAGGAUUUACUUCCAAAUUCAAGGAUAAGGGUACCUUGAUCAAAAAUCUGACUUAUGAAACCGGUACUGCUGACGAACAACUUACACGCCCCGUUCCAUUUCCAAAAGCUCAUGGAAGCGGUAAAACAGUCGUUUACAAACCUCCUAUUGAAGAAUUCAAUAUUUUACAAACUACCCUUGCUCCUGAACAAAGCCAAACCAUCCGCGACAUUCAUGGUCCUAGCAUUCUCAUCGUUGUAGAAGGAAACGGUCUCCUUAAAGGUGAAAACGGAGAUGUCGCUUCCAUCUCCCCUGGUUUUGUGUUUUUUAUUUCUGCCAACUAUCCGUUAACUGUCUCCUCAUCUUGCAAAAAUUUAGUAGUCUACCAAGCAUAUUGUGAGUGA